AUGGCCACCGCGCGUCUGGCCCAUUGGGCCUACAACCUUACCUUUGCCGACCUGCCCCCUGAUGUCGUGCGAGCCGCCGUCCGAAGCUUCUACAACUGGGCUGGCUGCACCAUUGGCGGGAGUCGGCACGAGGCAGCGUCCAUCGCCCACGACACCCUCUCCCCGUUCUUCGGGCCUGCCCACGCGUCCCUGCUGGGCCUCUCCGUAUCGGCAGAUGCCCAGCACGCGGCGCUCCUCAACGGCAUCGCCAGCCACGUCCACGACUAUGAUGACACCCACCUCGACACCAUCAUCCACCCGACCGGUCCCGUCGCGUCAGCGCUGCUGGCCGUGGCGGAGCUCCACGCGCCCGUCCGUGGACAAGACCUUCUCCUGGCGCUCGUCGCCGGCAUCGAGGCCGAAUGCAAGGUCGGCCUGGCUGUGUGGCCAGAACACUACGACGUGGGCUGGCACAUCACGUCGACCGCGGGGUCCAUCGGUGCCGCCGUUGCCGUGGGCAAGCUGCUCGGCCUGUCGCCGGAGCAGCUGACGCACGCCGUCGGUCUUGCGGCCACGCAGGUCGUCGGCCUGCGCGACAUGUUUGGCAGCCACACCAAGUCGUUUCACCCCGGCCGUGCCGCCCAGGCGGGCUUACUGGCCGCGCUGUUGGCGCAACGGGGCUACACGAGCAGUGCGCAGGCGCUCGAGGCCAAGCGCGGCUGGGCCAACGUCGUGGCCGCGACCAAGACCGACCCCCAGGCCGGCCUGCAGAAAUGGAUUGGCUUUGGCGAGGCCGACGUGGGCGUAGGUCUCUUCACUGCUGCGGCCGGUAAGGGUCGCUGGGAGAUUUUGCGCAACAGCUUCAAGCCCUUCCCUUGCGGCAUCGUCAUCCACCCCGUCAUCGAUGCCUGCAUCCGCCUGCACCGCGACAUGGAAGCCAAGGGUCUCAACGCCGCCCACAUCCAGACCGUCGAUGUCAAGGUCCAUGCCCUGGUCUUGGAGCUGACGGGCAAGAGAACCCCCGUUGACGGCCUCCAGGCCAAGUUUAGUGUCUACCACAGCGGCGCCUGCGGUCUGGUUCUGGGCAGAGCCACGCCACGCGAAUACGAGGACGACGUGGUGCACGACCCGGCCAUUGUCAGCGUGCGCGACAAGAUCAAUGCGCACGCCCAGGAGGGGCGAGGGGCGGACGCGGCCAGUGUCACUGUCGUCUGGCAGGACGGGACCAUGUUGGAGACGUAUGUCGCGCACGCCGCAGGCAGCCGCGAGGUGCCCAUGGAUGACGCCAUGCUGGAGAAGAAGUUUCUCGGCUCGUGCGCGCCCGUUCUUGGCGACGCAAAGGCGAAGCAAGCAAGCGCGGCGCUUUGGGGUGUGGCGACGGUCCACGACGUUGCGAGUAUCAUACAAGUACUAGUUAUGACUGGCAGCGCUCCAGUCGCUACGGCGGAGGCUCUCGUUGCGUGUAAGGACAUGGAUGAGUAG